AUGCCACGAAAACUGUGGCAAGUGAAGCUGACCUGUCCACAUCCAGACUGUCAGAAAGACCUUCUGACCUCAGCUGGCUUGCAUCAAAAGAUCAGGCAGGUGUUUGCCUUGGGUAAGAUAUACUUUGUGGCAUCUGAGUACCUGGCCUGCCGAAGAUGUAAGAGGAAAGUCAUCAGCUGGAGCCAUGAUAUCGUCUCCCAGCUCGACAUUGGCCACAGGGUGCAGUUCCCUUGCAUUCUUACAUCAAAACUUGCAUGUGACGUCGAGGUAGUAUGUUUGAUGCGUCAGCGAGGGCUGGGAAACAGCAGCAGCCAGAUCCAGCGCAAGCUGCAGGAACGUCAUACUGAGGUGUGGUUGCAAAAGACAGUCCAGUAUCUGACAGAUUGCAAGGGGAUUGCCAGUGCUGUCACUUCGAGCCUGAUCCUGCCUGUGACAUUUGAAUCUGCUCCUUCAAUGCCUUCUGUCCCUAAGCAUCGGUGGCUGAUGCAGGUGUACGCCCAGAAUGUCCUGCAAAGGCUGGAUGAGAUCAAGGCCACUAUCACAUCGCAAUAUGGUCGGAUCUUAAAAAUGGAUUCAACAAAAAAAGUGGCCAGAAAACUAGCUGGACGCAGCUAUGGCACUGCUACCUGGGCAACCAAUGUUGGUAAUGAGCACGGACAGGUGAUCAUGUCCGUGCUCACAGCCAGUGAAGGUUUUGGUCUCGGGCCAAUGAUUGAAGGCCUCAUUAAAAGAUACAGAGUGGCUGGGGUGGCUCCUCCCGAGAUACUGUAUGUUGACCGAGACUGCUGUGGCAACACUCUUCUGAGAAGAAUGUUUGAAGAGUGGGAGCAAAUGAUCAUCCGUUUGGAUGUAUGGCACUUCAUGCGGAGGUUUGCUGUGGGUUGCACCACUGACUCUCAUCAGUUGUAUGCCACAUUUAUGAGUCGCCUCAGCCACUGUAUUUUCAUGUGGGACCAGGUUGACCUGACGGCCCUGAAGAAGGCAAAGCAUGCAGAGCUAGAAGCUAACUGGAAACCUACAUCCGAGGCUGAUGUGCUGCGCAGUAUCAGCCGUAACGAGCUAGCCCUACAUUGCAGGAGAACCACUCGCGGGACCAAGGACACCCUGGCGCUGAUUGAGAGCCAUAUUCAGGCCUUUGAUGGAGAUGCUGGUCGUGACACUAUGGGAGUCCCACUAAUAAACUCAGCCCGGAUGAGAGAGAUAUUGAAGUCCCAGCGGAAGCAUGUGGCCUGCAUCCAGGAUCCUGUAGGUGUGCAGCUCUACAUGCAGACGGGCACUGUAGUGAAGGGAGGGCACCGUCUGCCAACCUACCGCUGUGCCAGAGGUUCCACUUCGCUUGAGUCAUUUCACCUGCACCUUAACAGAUUCAUCCCAGGUACGCUGGCGAGUGACACCUUCUUCCAGGCGUAUCUUUUGGAUGGACUUGCAAGGUGGAAUGAGGACCGGGCUGUGGCAGCAACAACUGAUGAGCAGCAGCCCCAUUCCUACAAUCAUCUUCUGCGUCAUGCUGUCAAUACUCUUGCAGAGGAGGUUAUGGGCAAGAAAAUCAUCCCUUAUGUUGGGCCAAGAAAGUACACUGGUGAGCUUAUUGGAGUGGAAUACCUUCACCAGCAAACUGGUAAAGUUCUGCAGGACUACAAGUUGGCCAUUGAAGAGUCCGAGACCACUGAGGUUGGUAUAGAAGUGGAUGAAGGUUAUGCUGAACUUGAGGAGUUUCAGGACAUCACUGUCCCCACCUUUGACACAGAACGGACACCUGUUGCCUCUUCACAAGCAUCAGUGUCUGCAGCAUCAUCUCCAACCCCUCCUGUCACCAGCUCCAUUUCAUCAUUGUCUGUGGUUCCUCCAUCACCAGUGACAUCUCCUGUCACCAGCUCCAUUUCAUCAUUGUCUGUGGUUCCUCCAUCACCAGUGACAUCUCCUGUCACCAGCUCCAUUUCAUCAUUGUCUGUGGUUCCUCCAUCACCAGUGACAUCUGUCACCUGCUCCAUUUCAUCAUCGUCUGUGGUCCCUCCGUCUCCUGUCACCAGCCCACUGCACAGUCAUUCAAAGCCAGGACUCUUUCCUGGAGCACAUAGCUUUCCAGUGGACCAAUUAUCAGCUGAAACUGGUCUUCUGACAUCUGAAGAGAACACUUCACAUGAUGAUUCUGUUGGACCUGAUAAUAUUGGGGGGUAUGGAGCCGUGCAGGACUUGGCAGAGUUCUUGGUUAGCCUCAGAGACCACCGUCUGGCCUUGACUGGAGAAGAGUGCGUCAAGAUCAUCACCCUAUGGCAGGCAUUGGGGGAGUAUGACAAGAGGAAAACCAUUUACCCACGACGUCACCAAACCUCCCUAAAACAGGGACGAUUCAGAGCCACUAAGAAGAUUGUGGCACCAGGUGUGGAGAGCACCAAAAGGUGUUUCGUUGGGGCUCAUAGUCCUGCACAGUGGCCUAGCUGCAACCGAGUGGUGGAGGCCAUCUUCACAAGGCUCUGUGCCCUCUAUCCAAACGUGGUGCGGUGUGAUGGAGUGAGGGUGUCCCGCUUCACAAUGGUGGUGCGUGCCUACAAGCACAUCCGAGAGUGCAUCCUCAACAAUGCUAAGGUGAUGAGCGAGACCACCAUCCAGCUCCCAGAAGUUAACACUGCAACAGUCACACAAUGGUACAGCAGGCGUUGUAAGUCACAGGAACAGGAGAUAUUGAAACAGGGUAUCCAAGCCCCUGAAGCACCCAUGGCAGGACCUGAGAACCUUCCUGCUGCUAUGCAGAAAGGACCGACUCUCUGUUCCAGCAAUUUGUCAGAGCCACACCUUUUUAUCCUGCCACCAAAUACUGCUGGGGAGGCUAAACUCAAAGGGAGGUCGCAACCUCAGGCCAUCUUCCAGGCUCCACCAUCACAUCAAGGACUUCCUGUCCCUAUUGCACCAGCACCACCUGUCUCUCUCCCUUUCAUUUUACCACCUGUGCAGCUUCCUACAGUUCCUGGUACCUCACAGGUGAUGUUCUUCAACCUCCCAUUACCUUCAGCUAUGCCACCAUCAGCUCAGACACAGACAUCCAGUCAACCGGUUCCUUACUCCACUCAGCAAUAUAGAAAGAGAAAACAGAAGAGGGAGAGCGCUGGAACAGUGACAAGAAAGUAUGUUAGGAAGACAGACGUCAUUCUUUGCAGAAAGUGCAAUAAGGAGAGAAAGCCACCAACACAUCUGCAGUACUUUGGCAACUGGUACUGCGAAGAGUCUGAGACUAAAUCAUAUGAUGAAUGGAGAGCUGUGCUGAUGGAACGAGGUUAUAGGAAAAAAAAGCCAGGAAAUGACAACCCUCCAGCUUCUUAAAAUUGCUCUU